AAGAAGCAUUUUGCUGUGCAUUUCACGUCUGCCUUACACUGCCUGUAUUGAGUUACAACUAAAGCUGCAUAAUAAUGGUGGCCAUCAACUGCACGUCCACUGAAAUUCGCUGCCAGGAGAAAUCGCGUGGCGGUCUCAGCUAUGAAGUAAUCCUAGCCGAGCCAGCACCCAAUGUGGUGGUGCCCAAGCGUCCAGUGACACCAGGCAAAAAUGUGUCAGCCGAGGAAAUCGAGCAAAAGCUGAAAGCUGCCGAAGAGCGACGUGUUUCUUUGGAGCAAAAGAAAAUGGCUGAUUUAUCCUACAAACUAUCGAAAAUCGAAGAAGCCACACGCAAAAAGGAUGAAAUCACCAAUGAGUUCAUCAAUCAGACCAAGGAAAAGUUGGAGACCAAAAUUGAGCAACAUGUUGAGAAGCGUGAAGCCAUUAUUAGCGACAUGAAAGAGAAAUUGAAGAUUCACUCACAGGAAAUUGAGAAGACACGCGAACAAUUGGAACAGCAGAAAUCCAUUGAGAAAGAGGCCAUUGAAGAGAAAUUGAAGACAGCUCAGACUUUGCGAGAUGAGAACAUCAAAAAGAUGCUCGAACGUCUUAAGGAACAUAACACAAACAAAAAAAAUCAAAUCGACGAAUUGGAAACACAAAAACUCGAGGAGAAGACCCGCAUUAUUGAAAAUAAAUUGUACACUGCCGAGCAAAAUCGCGAAAAGGAGAUACAAAAGAAAAUUGAUAAAGUUCAAAAACUUGAACGUCGCGCUGAAUUGGUGCGCCAAAACAAGGCGGCACAGCAGACGAUUUGUGAUGAUACCAACACAGCUAUUGCCUCAUCUGGUUAGAGCGACAACAUGAACAACUAUAGCAACAAUAAUAUUUAUAAAAACAAAAACCAGCACACAUACAUACUACAUAGAAAACAACAAACAAAUACAACCAGAUUAAGAGCAAAAUAAAAUAGCAGCAACAACAACACUGAAUUUAGAAACGUAAAAACAAAAUGGUUGAGAGGAGCUUUGCUAAAGAAAAAGAAAAGGGUAUGUGCGAGAGAGAUAGGAAGGGCCCGCCUUGGGAACAGCGCUAGAAGUGCAAUCGAGCAUAUGAGCAUUAAACAACUUUUGGUAGCUUCAAAACAACAACACUUACUUAUGUAAUAUGUAUUUCAAAAACAACUAAAGCAUAGGAGACGCGACAAAAAGGUCGAAACGAAGCCAGACGUUGCACAACUUACGUAAAUGAUAUUUAAAAUAUAUAAAAGAAACGAGGAUAACUACAAAAUGAAGUAAUAAAAAUUAAAGAGCCAUACAAAUUAUUUAAAGAAGCGUUUUCACAUCACUCUUGCAUAUAGAAAAAAAUAAAA